UCGGGUUUUCAGUGCGCCUGCGCCAGAGCUGCACGCCGCGGUUCUUGACUGUGCUGCUCCGUGCUCCGGGAGCUAGGUGCAGUCAUGCAGAAAGCCGACUGUGAGAAGACCCCCAAGCGGCCCCGACGCGAUGGCAGCCCAGGAACGCCGCAAAACGUGUCUUUCGCGGCGGUGAGGAGUUCCCCAGGUUCCGAACUCCACCCGGGCUAUGAGGACUGGACCGUGGAGCAGGUGUGCUCCUUCCUACAGCUCAAUGGUUUCAAAGACCCCGCACUGCUGAAACGCUUCCAAGAAAAUAAAAUCACAGGUCCAAAACUGCUCCUUCUUACUAAGUCUGGCCUUGAAAAAUUUGGAAUGAGUUCCUCCGAGAUAAUGAAGCUGUUUAAUAUUCUUCAUCAGGAUGCUGUGAAGGUUAUUAAUGACCCUAUCCAUGGCCAUUUUGAACUUCACCCUCUCCUUGUCCGGAUCAUUGAUACACCUCAAUUUCAGCGGCUUCGAUAUAUUAAACAGUUGGGAGGCACUUACUAUGUCUUUCCAGGAGCUUCACACAAUCGAUUUGAGCACAGUCUAGGUGUAGGACAUCUAGCAGGAUGUCUAGUCCAAACACUGAGAGACAGACAACCAGAGCUGCAAAUAAGUGAACGGGACAUACUCUGUGUUCAGAUCGCUGGGCUUUGUCACGACCUUGGUCAUGGGCCAUUUUCUCAUAUGUUUGAUGGGAGAUUUAUUCCACUUGCUCGCCAAGAUGUGCAAUGGAAGCACGAACAGGGCUCAGUCAAUAUGUUUGAGCACCUCGUUGAGUCUAAUAAUCUCGAACCCGUCAUGAAGCGCUAUGAUCUCGACCCUAAAGAUGAUAUUCGCUUUAUCAGGGAACAAAUUAUAGGACCACCUGAACCGCCAGUGGACGCCUCAUCUUGGGAAUACAAAGGACGCCCUAAAGAGAAGGCCUUCCUUUACGAGGUAGUGGCCAACAAGAGGAAUGGCAUCGAUGUGGACAAAUGGGACUAUCUUGCCAGGGACUGCCAUCAUCUUGGAAUUCAAAAUAAUUUUGACUAUAGGCGCUGUCUUAAGUUUGUCCGUGUCUGUGAAGUAGCAAAUUUGAUGUGCAUUUGUAUCAGAGAUAAGGAGAUUGAGAAUAUGUAUGACAUGUUCCAUACACGCCACUUUUUACACCGCAGAGCUUAUCAGCACAAAGUUAGCAACAUCAUUGACAGAAUGAUUACAGAUGCUCUCCUGGAAGCAGACCCCUACGUAGAGAUUAUAGGAGCUGGAGGGAAAAAAUACCGCAUUUCCACAGCCAUUGAUGACAUGGAAGCCUUCACUAAGCUAACAGAUAACAUUUUUCUGGAGAUUUUACACUCUACUGAUCCCCAACUGAAUGCAGCACGAGAGAUUUUAAAGAAAAUUGAACGCCGCAAUCUAUACAAGUACGUGGGUCAGGUUCUGCUAAGUGACAAGAGCAAGAGACUUGAAAGGCAAGACUAUAAAAAUCUUCCAGGAGAGGUCGCUAAGGCCAAACCGGAUGAAAUGGACCUAAAAGUCAAACUGAAGGCCGAAGAUAUCAUCGUGGAUGUUGUCGACAUGGACUAUGGGAUGAAAGACAAGAACCCUAUGGAUCAUACUCACUUCUAUUCUAAGGCUGACUGCACCCAUGCCGAAAAGAUUGCGAAACAUGAGGUCUCGUGCCUUCUGCCAGACAUCUUCGCGGAGCAGCACGUCCGACUGUACUGUAAGAAGACGGAUCAAGACAGCCUGCAAGCUGCACUACAGCAUUUUAUAAAAUGGUGCAACAACAGAGAUUUCCCCAAGCCAAAGGAAGGCGAGUUUAUGACACCUCUGAAAGUGGGGAAUUCCCCGUCUACACCUCCUGACGGGGACAGAGCCCGAGGCCGGGCCAUCCGCACUAAUUUGUUUCCGUAAACCCCUCACUCCAGCACAAUGAAUUCUCUGAGGGAAUUUGAUCACAGAUUUAUACAAAUUCAGUGACAAUAAGUGCUUUUUAUUUUGUACUUUGAAUGUACACCUAUGCUGAAGUGAAGCAAUUUUUAUUCAAAGAAACAGAAAGGUAUUCGGCAGCUCUUGCUAUACAUGCUACAUGCUAUGAAAAGCGUUACCUCGCCUAUUUUUAGUAUUAAUUAAUUAAAGGCUUCCUCAUUUACUGGUUUAUAUUUUCUUAGCAUAACAAUUCUUUUAUAUACUCUGAACUUUUGUGACGUGAUUGUUUUUUAAAAAACAAAAUUGGAAACGGUAUGAGGGCACACAUGGGAGUUGGAAGUUGGGAUCGGCAGGAGCAGCGGCGGUUACCGAGCGCAUACGGACGGAGUCCGGCCCCCGGGGAGGCAGCGUCCUGGAGCCGGCUCACCUUCCAGACGGAAACAGCAGCGAAGGACACCCGCCCUCACUCUCUCAGCCGAGCUGGGGUGGACAGUGGGAGGUGAGAGCUGGGAGCAGGCUCCAACUCUUCGGUGAGAAGCCUUAUUAAGCUACUGAAAAUACCUGAGGGAUUUGGCCUCUGCACUGGGACAUAAAAUUCCUUUUGGGAGACCUUACCCUCAGUGGCAGAGGGACUCCCCCAAACCAGGCUGUUCUCUGAAUCUGCCGUGGCUCCAGACCCAAGUAGUUUCCUUCUCUCCCGGACCCGUGAGGCCCAGCCUCCCGAAGGGGGCUCCCUCCGACCUGCUCCCUGCGCCUCCUUGUGAGCUGAGCACAGGCCCUCACAGGACCCUCCUCAGGGCUGCUUAGAGCCGGGGCUUUGUUUGUGUUGGUUCAGGGCAUCUUAUGGUUUCAGAGCAAAGACUGAGCUGCCCGUGCUGACAUAAAUGAUUACCCAGUGAAUUCCAGGUUCCCCUUUGUCCAUGGACUUCUUUACCUCCAGCGGUGGAGUGAGCACCCCUGUGGUUGAGCCGCGCCCCUGUGCUGGGCCCUGCCCCCACCCCACACGCACUACCAGUCCUACGGCAUUCACGGAGGGCAAAGUCCGAGUUAGAGCCAAAGCCAGCGGAGGCCAGAGGGCCCAGAAGAUGCUCGGCUGCGAAGAAGGAGGAAUGGGAGUGCGAGCGCCUAACCUGUUCCCGGUGCCAGGUGCGAGUGGGGAGCCCGCCCCGGCUCUGGGCAAGAGUGAGUAGAGGAAGGGAGGAACUCAGACCCCAGGCUGACCGAUUGCCCUACUCGGGAGUGCUGCCCCUCCCUCUGUGUAAGCGGGCUCUGCUCUGUGGACACUGGGGUGAAGUGUAUUUGGAAUGCCUGCCGUUCUGUAUUGGCUCCGCCCCCUCCUCCCUCUGUCAGUAGGCCAUCAAGGUUUUAGGAAAAUCGCUAAACCCUUCUGUCACUCCCACGUGAUGCCGUGUCGGUGGGGACGUGUUCACGUGGGGGCUCAGGACACACAGGUAAGGGCAGCUGUGAUACUGGGGCACCGCUCUUUGGGCCAAAAUGCCUCUGAAACAUUCACCGGGGAGAACUGUUGGCCUCAGGCGUCACGAACCCAAACCGACGGUCAAGAAUGUCAUGAUGUAAUGUUUUUCUGCUGAGAUUGUUUUAUUUCUGCAACCCCUACCUUGAAAUCACUGUGGUUUACUUUGUAAUUGUGUGGUCCCCAUACUGUAUCCUUGUGCUAAGAAACAACUUGAAUCUGUUGGUCUAAAGCAACUGCACUUUACGCUAUUUACAACCAUUUGAAUGAUGAGAACUAUGUCAUUUACGUUAGAUUUAUCUUAAGAAACAUCUCCACUAUUGGCAUAAAAAUGGAAACUUUAACAGAGCAACCGUAUGUUAUCACCGUGAAACUGUAAAAAGAGCUGAGUGGAAGUAAGUGGUUACCUAAUUUGGGUGAGGGAAACACCUACAAUAAAGCUUCAUAAUAUAUCUCCA